AAUAAAGACAAAUUAGAUGUUUGAGAAGCCAUAUGAAACAUUCGGCCACCUUCACUGAGAAGCUCCCAAGACAGAAGUAGUCAACCUCAUUGACAAAUGCCCAAAUCAAACAAGUUUCAGAAAUAUUCAUUUUCCAGGAUUUAUGAAGAAAGCUCGGUGGAUUCAUACCAACCCAUAUAAGCAUGCGUAUGUAUGUAUGUAUGCACGUAACACGCUUUGUUUAAAAGAAUAUUAGAAUAUAUAUUUGAAUUCAUCUCAAUUUGUCCACUGCUUUGAAGAUUGGGUGUGUGUCAAGAAGUCCAAACUGUUGAGCAGUACACGGUUUAAUUAAAGUAAAAAGUAAAACCUUUUCGAGAUAUUGAUUACAUAAAUCUACAUCCCUCGAUCUUUCUUGAUAUUCUACUCGGUGAACACCCACUUUCCAGAGAUAACAAUUGAAUCUUGAUAGCCUUUUUGUUGAAUUGGAGAGAAUAAGGCAAGGUCAGGGGGUAAAAGGUAAAAAUGAAUUGUUUGUUUUACUUCAAGGAUAAGAGAAAAGGUAGGGGGCAAAGAUCUGAGCCAGUGCUGAAUGAGGAGGGUAAGUCAGGUGUUCCCACGCCCCCACGGUCUUUCUCUGCAGCCUCUUCUCCGCGUAGUUUUUCAGAAGCUUAUAGAGGAAAAGCUCAGAAUUUGAGGGUGUUUUCGUUCAAAGAGCUUAGACAAGCAACUGAUAAUUUCAAUAGGCUAUUAAAGAUUGGUGAAGGUGGGUUUGGGAGUGUUUAUAAGGGAAGAAUUAUGGCUGUUGAUGAAAAGGGUGAACCCAUUGUGGUUGCUAUUAAGAAGCUCAAUGUAGGUGGUCAUCAGGGUCAUAAACAAUGGGUGGCAGAAGUACAAUUUCUUGGGGUAGUAGCCCACCCAAAUCUUGUGAAGCUGAUUGGGUAUUGUUCUGUUGAUGGUGAAAGGGGAAUCCAGAGGCUACUCGUCUAUGAAUAUAUGCCGAACAGAAGUCUUGAACACCAUCUUUUCAAUAAUGCUUAUCCAACCCUUACUUGGGAUAGAAGACUGCAAAUAGUGCUUGGAGCAGCUCAAGGAUUAGCUUAUUUGCACGAACAGUUGGAAGUUCAGGUUAUAUAUCGAGAUUUUAAAGCUUCAAAUGUGUUAUUAGAUAAUGAUUUCAAGCCAAAGCUCUCAGAUUUUGGUCUUGCCAGAGAGGGCCCCACGGGGCUUCACACUCAUGUAUCGACAGCGGCUGUUGGUACAUACGGUUAUGCAGCACCGGACUACAUUGAAACUGGCCAUCUCACGGCUAAGAGUGACGUGUGGAGUUUCGGGGUCGUACUAUACGAGAUCCUAACUGGUAGAAGAUCAAUAGAAAGAAAUAGACCCAUUUCAGAACAGAACCUUUUGAAUUGGGUUAAGCAGUACCCUGCAGAUAGCGGCAAGUUCAGCUCGAUAAUGGAUCCAAGACUGGAAAGCCAAUAUUCACUAAGUGCAGCUAGACAGAUUGCAAAGUUAGCCUGUAGUUGUUUGUCAAAGAGACCAAAGGAACGCCCGAUGAUGAGCAGAGUAGUGGAAACUAUGAAUCAGAUCCUCCAAAGCAGUGCUUAUGAUUGUGAUUCAGAAGAUCCAGUCGACGAUGAGCAAAUGCCAGAACAGGUUGGGCCUGUAGAGUCAGGAAAAAGGCGGAUGGCCCAUUUGGUUAAACUAAGUGAACGUGUUGGCGGGAUGAGCAAAAAGGGGCUUAUGAUCAUGCAUAGGGCAAAAGUCACUUGAAAAAGUCUGGGUUUUCUUUUUGAUUUUCUUCUAUGAACUUAAUAAUCUUGGAUGUGUAGUAAUUGGAGAUGUGAAUAGAAACUUGUAUAGGGAUUAUACAAUGUUCCAAACUGUGUGUAGAAAUAUCGGCUCAGGGUAAUGGUAAUACACAAUAUGGAAAUAUGCAAUUUUCACCUCGUGUAUGUAAACUCAAAAAAGAAGAAGCUUGGUUUAUGUUGAAGAGUUAUCAUCAUUUCUUAAUG